AUGGCGCGUGGAGGAUCCCAACUCUUGAGCAUAGCCCUACUGAGCCUGCUGGCCCUUUGCGCCUGGGUGCCUGCAUUCAUCUCCAGCAAAGUGCAAGUCCCUGCAGCUGCGGCAGCUGCAGCUGCAGCUGCUGCCGUGCCAUUGCCAGCCCUGGCGGGUGAGCCUCCAAGUGUUGGCAUCCAUUGGUACUGGGACCUGGGCAUUGGAACACUCCACGGUGAGACCGCCAGCAUUGUGAUGAUGGUCGUCUUCGUCACCGUCGUCUUUGCGCUGCUGGGCGCUGGCGGUUCUACCAGGAAGGCAUGA